UCGGCAGGGCUCCACCGCGCGCCGUUAAGCUAUAGAGAGCGGGCAGGGGCGUCCGCCAUCGCUACGGCGGCUGCCGCGGGCCAAGCCUGUCGUUCGCGAAGCUGCCGGCCUGCCAGUAUGGAGCCCGGGGAGCGCACGGAGGCCGGGGGCUGCGCGGCGGCGGAGGCUGGGCCCUUCUUCACGCUGGAGGAGGUGGGGAAGCGGAACUCCAGCCGCGAGGCCUGGCUGGUUAUCCACGGGCGCGUUUACGAUGUCACCCGCUUCCUGGAGGAGCACCCGGGUGGAGAAGAGGUUUUGCUUGAACAAGCUGGUAGAGAUGCCACAGAGAGCUUUGAAGACGUCGGGCAUUCCACAGAUGCCAGGGAAAUGCUCAAGGAGUACUACAUAGGCGAGAUCCACCCGCAUGAUCGUAAAAAUGAAGGUUCUAAGGAUCCAAGUAUGACAUCCUCAGGCCAAGCAAGUUUCUGGUCAACAUGGCUAAUCCCCAUCUUCGGAGCACUGGUCAUAGGUUUAAUGUAUCGCUAUUACAUGUUGGAUGGGAGAACCUCUUGAACUGACCUUGCUGGGACCUCAGAAAGCCUGAAGGAGAGGGCGUGAGAGAGCGCAUGCAUGCAACACGUGGAGUUCUGCUUCCCUUAACUUCUUCCGCCUUGCUUUUAGCUUUGAGUCUGUCAAGUGAUGUUGACCUCCAUGGGACCAAGCUAAUACCGAACUGUCUAUCCUGCCUCUGGGACCCACGGACCUGUCGUACUUUCCUCUUGCGGUGGCAGGGCAAGUGCAGCUUCCCGGUAUUCUCUUAGGUUUGUGCGUGGUCUCCCUCGUGUGCGCGCCGUGCGCUCGCUCUCUCGCUCUCUCUUGCUCUCUGAAGUAAAACCACAGACAACCUUUUUUUCUUUCAAUGCCUUUUCGUUAAGCCAGACAACGUGAAACAGCUGCUAGUGAGCCUGUGGGUUUGCCUCAGUCCUUUACAUAGCGCUGUCAGAAAUCAACUGCAAGUUGUCUACAGUCCUCUCCAGAAAAGAUGUCCGGAGAUACGGUUCCGCAGUAACUUUCCCAGUGCAUGCAGGCAACACUAAUUGGAGCAGCCAGAAAUUGUUAGCUUUGCUACCUCUUUCUGUACGUGUCUGUUUUUAACGGUUAAACAAAUAUAAGUAUUUUAAAAGCA